GAAAAAGUGUCAUACGGCUUUGCAUUGCAAAUGACACGACGGAACAAAAGGCAGUUAGAUUGAUGACUUGAUCUGCUUCCGAUUGCAAUGUCUAUCAAUCCUAGAUGGCCAAUCAUUGUACUGCCCAAUCAAUUAUGUUGGUGAGCCGGCGUUCAAUAGCUGUUGACGGACUCUCAUCAAUUGCGGGGUCUUCUUGGGAUCUGGGGCACAUAUUGCCGUCCGGAAAGCGAGUAUUUCCAAUCAUACUCUGUUGAUUUAGAUUUUGUUGCAAUAUAAGCUGGAUGGUAGUCCUCGCGACUGUUUCUUCCGUUGACUGUUAUUGAUUCUCAUCCACGUCAUCUCUUCCAACUCCGAUACAGUAUAUACCCGACCUCUCUACCGCAUACGAUCCUUGAGGCACAUACAGUCAUGGCUACUCAUCGAUUUGACCCCAAUUUCACCGACAAUGUCAUCAACGCGAUGGGUCCCAAGACGAACCCGCGCUUCCGGAAGGUCAUGGCCAGCCUGAUCCGCCAUGUGCAUGACUUUGCGCGCGAGAACGAACUGACCGUCGACGAAUGGAUGGCCGGCGUCAAGCUGCUCAACUGGGCCGGCCAGAUGAGCGAUGACAAGCGCAACGAAGGCCAGCUCGUCUGCGACGUGAUCGGGCUCGAGUCGCUCGUCGACGAAAUCACCUUCAAGCUGGCUGAAGAGGCCGCCGAUGCACCCACCGCAACCGCCAUCCUGGGCCCGUUCUUCCGCGCCGACACCCCCUACCGCAACAACGGCGACAAUAUCGUCAAAGACGUGCCGGACGGCGAGAUGGUAUUCAUGCACGGCCGGGUGGUUGGUUUCCAGACCAAGACGCCGCUCGUUGGCGCGACGGUGGAGGUGUGGCAGGCGUCUACCAAUGGGCUGUAUGAGCAGCAGGAUCCGAACCAGGAAGAGUUCAACCUGCGCGGGAAGUUCAAGACGGAUGCUGACGGGCGGUACUACUUUUACUGCCUGCGUCCGACGCCAUAUCCUGUUCCGAAUGACGGUCCCGCAGGGAAGUUACUCGAGCUCAUGGACCGACACCCCUAUCGCCCUGCCCAUAUCCACAUCAUCGCUACGCACGAAGGCUACAAGCCGCUCACCACGCAGAUCUUCGACCGCCAGGACAAGUACCUAACCAACGACUCGGUGUUUGCCGUCAAGGACUCGCUGAUCGUGGACUUUGUGCCGCGCAAGGAUGACCCUCAAGCUGGACUUGAGCUUGAAUACGAUGUUAAGCUGGUAGCGGACCGGACGUAGGCCAGUGGAAUGGACUGGAGUCUGACAAUAGCUGGGAUUUGUGUAUAUAUAUUUUGUGUUAUUCCGUGAUACCGUAAUGCGAUGAUAGCUUC